UCAAAACAGAGUAUAAAUAGAUCGAGGUCUCUUUCGCGCUAUUUGGUACUCAGAAACAGAGACAGAAGCAUCAGCAUAGCUUUCUCCGCGGCGGCGCCACCUGCUUCCUCCGUCGUUCCACCUCCGCUUCCUGCUCAAACCCUAAGCUGAAAAUGCAUAUGGAUCUGUCUGGCAAAGAAUCUGGUGAUGAGAGAAUGGGAACAGUGUUGGAAGCCAACAAUGGUGUUGAUGUUGUUGUUCCUGUAAAGGCUGAGAAACCAGAAGCUGCUGCUGCUACUGAUUGUUCUGUUCCUGUGACUCCUGAGGCUGUGAGAGAGAAUGGGGAUCUUCAUUCCCCUCUCACUCUCACUGUGGUGAGGAAUCAGCUGAAACGAGCCUGCAUUGAUCCCGAUCGCGGAAAUGCUGGUAGGGAUGGUGGCAGCCCAAGAACACCAAAAGAUGGUGUUUUUGACCCCUUUGCACCUGGUCCUGAUAGCAUGCAAAAUGCACCCCAGUGUAAGAAGUAUGCUGAAGAGUUCAGGAACAGCGUUGCGAGGAGGCUGAGUUUUAUCCCUUGCUUUGUUGAUGAUGAUGGUGGUGAUGUUCUGCACCAGAAGAGGACUUCUCUUCUUCCAGAUGCAGGGCCUCUUUCGGAUGAGGAAAUGGUGGAGUCGGUGUACUGGAAUCUCUUGCGGGUUAUUGUUUCAAUGCAGCGGACUGAGGGGGUUCUUGCUCAGGUGUCAAGUGUGGAAGGGCGUGAUUCUGAUGAUGGUGGUUGCAAAACUCCUCCUUCGCCGUUCCGGUUCACUGGAAUUGCUGAUACCUGUCCUGGUGCACCUAUGAAGCCAGCUGCUAUGCCGAGGAACAUUGAAGUGGGGUUAUGCAAGAAGCUUGAAUUCUGACUCAAACCCUGGUAGACCAGUUAGUUACACAUCAGAUUCACUCGUAAUUGCUAAUUUGACAUUCUCCAUGUUCUUUUUGUACUGUAACUUGUAGCUUAGCUUGUUCAGGGCUAGUGUAGUUUCACAGGGAAUAACUGCAAUCUGACCAAGCUGAUAGAUGUUUGCAAUUACCAGCUACAUUGUAUAGUAUAGAAUUGAUGUUAAUUUAUUUUGCAAAUGAAUAAUUAUCCUGUGGUACUCAAAUUAAAUAAUUACUUUACAUUUCGAGCA